GGUCGCGCAUUAAACAGUCCGGGGGCUCAACAACUGACCAAAGUACCGUCAGGUGUGUACGCAGUGCUCCGCAAAGUAAUAAGCCCCUCCCUCAUUUACUACCACCAGUUCCCGGGUGUCGAAUUCCAGAGGCUGCAGCCAACAGCAAUAAAGUGUGCUUGUACAGUACCACGAACCUCCAACCUGGAAGGUCCCCGCACGCCAGUUCCACCAAUCCAACGACACUCGGCCGACUGCUCUUCCAAGCUCCCUCAGUCGCGUCCCACCCCCAUCCCUCUUUCAUCCUCCAUCCAUCUUCACGCCGCGCUAGCUCCUCCCAAGCUUGAGCCUUGCAGCAACCAUCACCGCUGGCGCAGCACUCCGCGCAGCAACCCCGCGCAGCCUGCACAAUGGCCGACUCUGCAGCGACCAUACCCACCCCGGAUCCGGAGGCCCCCGCGGCCGCGCCCGUCGCCGACCUGCCCUCGGGCGAGCCGAUCCCGUCCUCGGCGCCGCCGUCCACAACCCCGAGGCGCCAGCCGCUCCCGCUCGGCACCCUACUGGCCGCCCUGCCCUCCAACGUCGACGCCUUCCUCACCCGCCUCGACAAGUGCCUGUCGACGCCCUCAGGCAUCGACACGGUGAUGCUCUUCCUCUGCUACACCUCCAAGUUCAGCGCCUCGGUGCUCUCGUCCCUCUCGCAAUCCGCCCUGCGCCGCUCCGCGCGCGAGUGGAUCGCCCUCGUCGCCACCCUCCCGCGCGGCACCACCGUCGUCUUCUCCUCCCCCUCCGCCACCAGCACCACCGGCACCAGCACCGCCGCCGCCGCGGCUGCCGCGGGCGCUACUAAGACCCGCCUCCCGAGCGCCGCCGCCCUCGCGCUGCUGCUCUCCAAGCGCCUGUCCGCGCUCUCCUCCCUGCUCAGCGAGGCUCGCAUGAUCCUGCGUCUGUGGGCGCUGCUGGGCAUGUACUUUUGGGCGCGGCGCCUGGUCCGGCAGACGCGCCUGUCCUCUUCUUCUUCCUCCUCCUCGUCAUCGUCGUCCCAAUCAAAAGAAGAAGACGAGUCCGCCGCCGCCGCCGCACCACCGUCCAAACCCGCGCUCGCGCUCGAGUACCUCCGCCUGGCGCUCUGCGUGGCCUUCCAGGCGCUCGAGAACGGCGCGUACCUGUCCUCGCGGGGGGUGCUGGGCUGGACGCCCGCGCAGCAGGCGCGCGCGUUCAAGUGGAGCGCGCGGCUGUGGGCCGCCUACGUGGGCAUCGAGCUGGGCCGGCUGGCCGCGGAGCGGGUCAGCCGCAGCAGCAGCAGCGGCAGCAGCAGUAGCGGUGGCGGCGCGGAAAGUGCGGCGCGGGAGCGGGCCGAGUGGACCAAGAAGGUCGUGCGGCAGCUGGCGUGGGCGCCGCUUACGCUGCACUGGGGCAGCGAGAAGGGCUUGCUGAGCGAGACGGCCGUCGGCGCGCUGGCGAGUAUCCCGGGCAUCAUUCAGCUGAGGGAUUUGUGGGCUUCGACAGCUUGAAGGAAGGGGGUAAAGGAUGGUGGGGGAAGAGGGGUGGGUUGGAAGAGAGAUGGAUUG